AUGAAAAGUCUUACGUUGGAGACGUUGGCUUCUGGAGAUGAUCGAAGAACAGAACUCUUGAGCUUUUGUAAAUCACGGGCGAAACGAAACGAAAAGUUAAAAGCUUUAGACGAAUGGGGAUUAGGGUUUUGCAGGCGCAAGCGCAACACUAUGGAGCGAUUGAAAAUGGGGAUAUUUUGGAAGGGACGAAAUGUCGACUCAUUGAUCCUUUAUUUUGGCGAGGAACCAGCUCGUUGCCCAUUUGAGCAAGAGGUCGCCGAGUUUGUGGGUCCGCCUCUGUUUGAUGAGCAGUUGUCGACCGAGUAUAAGGGUCCGCCUGUUUUUUAUCACGAGGAAGUGGAAGCUGAAGCGAGAGAUGUGAUUGGUGAUGGGUCCACUAUUAUGCUCAUGGCGUCUAAGCCCAAGCCUUCAAAGAAUUUGAACGGCCAAGAUUGCGAGAUAUGCGGCGACGAGAUCGGGCUGACGGUCGACGGCGAACUGUUUGUUGCUUGCAACGAAUGCGGUUUUCCCGUUUGUCGGCCGUGCUACGAAUACGAAAGAAGGGAAGGUAGCCAGCUGUGCCCUCAAUGCAAGACAAGAUACAAGCGCCUUAAAGGGAGCCCAAGAGUCGAGGGAGAUGAUGACGAGGAGGACAUAGAUGACAUCGAGCACGAAUUCAACAUUGACGAGCGUAAAACGAACACGGAUAUUGCGGAGGCAAUGCUUCACGGGAAGAUGAGUUACGGGCGAGGGCCAGAAGACGAGCACAAUGCUCAAUACCCGCCGGUUAUAGCCGGCAGUAGAUCUCGUCCGGUAAGUGGAGAAAUCCCAAUCUCGAACUAUCCGUACGGAGAUCAAGCGGCCGGAGCCUCUCUGCAUAAAAGGGUUCAUCCAUAUCCAGCCGCAGAUGAUCCCGGAAACGGACGAUGGGAUGAGAAGAAAGAGAUGGGAUGGAAAGACAGGAUGGACGACUGGAAAUUGCAGCAGGGGAACUUGGGACCUGAGCAUGAUGAUCUAGCAGAUCCUGACAUGGCAAUUGCUGAUAUGGCAAGACAGCCAUUAUCGAGAAAAGUGCCGAUAGCAUCAAGCAAAAUCAAUCCUUACCGGAUGGUGAUCGUGGCCCGUCUCGUGAUCCUGGCAUUCUUCCUCCGCUACCGGAUCUUGAACCCGGUCCAUGAUGCCAUUGGCCUCUGGCUAACCUCCAUCAUAUGUGAAAUCUGGUUCGCCUUCUCCUGGAUCCUCGAUCAGUUUCCCAAAUGGUUCCCCAUUGACCGCGAAACCUAUCUUGAUCGCCUUUCCCUCAGGUAUGAAAGGGAAGGGGAACCGAACAUGCUGGCACCGGUGGACAUAUUCGUGAGCACAGUGGACCCGAUGAAAGAGCCGCCACUUGUCACGGCAAACACAGUCCUCUCGAUACUCGGGAUGGACUACCCGGUCGACAAGAUCUCGUGCUACAUAUCCGACGAUGGGGCUUCCAUGUGCACGUUCGAGGCCCUGUCCGAAACAGCCGAGUUCGCCAGAAAGUGGGUCCCGUUCUGCAAGAAGUUCGCCAUCGAGCCGCGGGCUCCAGAGAUGUAUUUUUCCGAGAAAGUCGACUACCUCAAGGACAAAGUCCAACCGACCUUUGUCAAGGAGCGAAGGGUGAUGAAGAGAGAAUACGAAGAAUUCAAGGUGAGAAUAAAUGCAAUGGUGGCAAAGGCAUCGAAAGUACCUCCCGGUGGAUGGAUUAUGCAAGACGGGACGCCAUGGCCCGGUAACAACACGAGAGAUCAUCCGGGGAUGAUCCAAGUUUUCUUGGGCCAGAAUGGAGGCCUUGAUGUCGAGGGACACGAGCUCCCGAGGCUCGUUUAUGUUUCCCGUGAGAAGAGGCCGGGAUUUCAGCAUCACAAGAAAGCAGGCGCCAUGAAUGCUCUGGUUCGUGUUUCGGGUGUUCUUACGAAUGCCCCUUUCAUGCUGAACUUGGACUGCGAUCACUACAUCAACAACAGCAAGGCCGUGAGGGAAGCCAUGUGUUUCUUGAUGGACCCACAGGUCGGGAAGAAGGUCUGUUACGUGCAGUUCCCACAGAGAUUUGACGGCAUUGAUAGACACGACAGAUACGCCAACAGGAACACCGUAUUUUUCGACAUAAACAUGAAAGGUCUAGAUGGGAUUCAAGGCCCGGUUUAUGUGGGAACAGGUUGUGUUUUCAGAAGACAGGCUUUGUACGGCUACGAACCUCCAAAGGGCCGAAAGCGUCCAAAGAUGGUAAGCUGUGAUUGCUGCCCUUGCUUUGGACGUCGCAAGAAGCUCCCGAAAUACUCAAAAGACGGCACAAAUGCUGAAACAGAUCUUCAAGGAUUUGAAGACGACAAGGAGCUUCUCAAGUCUCAGAUGAACUUCGAAAAGAAAUUUGGACAGUCCCCAAUAUUCGUGACCUCAACUCUCAUGGUCGAAGGUGGUGUCCCGCCAUCUUCAAGCCCGGCAGCUCUUCUUAAGGAAGCUAUUCACGUCAUAAGCUGUGGGUAUGAAGACAAAACAGAAUGGGGUACAGAGUUGGGCUGGAUUUACGGGUCGAUCACGGAGGAUAUCUUAACGGGCUUCAAGAUGCACUGCCGAGGAUGGAGGUCCAUUUAUUGCAUGCCCAAGAGGCCCGCAUUCAAGGGCUCAGCCCCGAUAAAUCUUUCUGACCGGCUCAACCAGGUGCUUCGGUGGGCCCUGGGCUCAGUCGAGAUAUUUUUCAGCCACCACAGCCCAAUGUGGUACGGUUACAAGGAGGGGAAGCUGAAGUGGCUUGAAAGCACGUUCGCAAGCCUCUUCUUCAUCGCCCUCUUCCUCUCGAUCUUCAUCACGGGCAUCCUCGAGCUGAGGUGGAGCGGAGUCAGCAUCGAGGAGUGGUGGAGAAACGAGCAGUUCUGGGUCAUUGGUGGCAUCUCGGCCCACCUAUUCGCUGUCAUUCAGGGCCUCCUCAAGAUCCUAGCUGGCAUAGACACCAACUUCACUGUCACGUCCAAGGCCACGGAUGACGAGGAUUUUGGUGAGCUGUACGCUUUCAAGUGGACGACCCUCCUCAUACCCCCGACAACUGUCCUCGUCAUAAACCUCGUCGGGGUCGUGGCCGGAGUCUCGGACGCCAUCAACAACGGGUACCAGUCGUGGGGCCCACUUUUCGGCAAGCUCUUCUUUGCAUUCUGGGUUAUUGUACACUUGUACCCUUUCCUCAAGGGGCUGAUGGGGAGGCAAAACCGAACACCGACAAUUGUAGUCAUCUGGUCGGUGCUGCUUGCAUCCAUUUUCUCGUUGCUGUGGGUUCGGAUCGACCCGUUUGUGAUGCGGGCCAAAGGGCCCGACACCAAGCAGUGUGGGCUCAACUGCUGA